AUGAAGAUCGAAGCCAGCUUCGUCGGUGGAGAACCAAGCUCUAUACUUCAUUUGAAAUCGGGGGUGAGCAGCCUUGGUAGCGAUGCGUGCCUUUUCGUGUUCAUACCGGGAAAUCCUGGUUUGAUUGAGUAUUAUGUCCCGUUCUUACAGCAAGUUCACGAAAAAAAUCCGGACUGGGAGAUUCUUGGGAUAUCUCAUGCCGGAAUGAAUUCAUGCAACGAUAUAGCUUGCCCGGUUUACACUCUUCAAGAGCAAAUCAACCACAAAGUUGAUGUUAUAAACAGCUAUGCACAGGGAAAUAAGAAAAUUACUAUAAUGGGACACUCGGUAGGCGCUUUUAUAGCCCAAAAAGUUGUUACUUCGGGGCUCUUGAAUGACGAGGUAGCACGAGUAGGCCUUCUUACGCCAACUGUAAUUGAUAUUCACAAAAGCGAGAAGGGAUUGAAGCUUACAGCCAUCACGGAGCGUUUCCCACGCUUCCAUCAACUUGUCUCAGCACUCGACUGGAUAGCAUUUGAAAAGCUUUUCCCUGACUUCUUAACUAGCUGGAUUAUUUCGCACUUCGCGGAUGAUCCGAAGACCUGCUUGGGAGCAGCAACGCGCCUCUUACUGACGAACUCAAGAUUUGUUAAGCAAGCCUUGGGCCUCGCGACAGAGGAGAUGCAAGUCAUUCGCAGCGACUGGGAGUACCAAAAAGACUUUUUACACUACUGCGAGACCAAAGGUGCCAAGAUUUGGUGGCUUUUUAGUGAUAAUGACCACUGGGUAAGCAGCGAAACGCGUAAAGAUUUAAUUCAGUUUUACGAACGGCACAGCAGCCCAGAAUUGGUCAGCAUAGAUGUCUCAACCGCAAUUGAGCAUGCCUUUGUUAGAAGGCAUGCUCAGGUUGUAGUUCAGCACUAUUUUUGA